UCCCUUUCUUCCUUCUGAGGAGUGACAGACACCCCCUGGGCGCCGAGGGAGGAGCAAGGAGGUGAAGGGGGGAGUGGGCGAGAGACGGGCUGCGGCGAAUCGAGGUGCUCAGUGUGCCGCCAAACGCUGUGAGAGACGCCGGUCCGCCGCCCGCCACCCUGCACAGUCGAGCGUCGGGGGGCGAAGCGAAGGAGUGACUUGACUCCGCCGUGCGAUCACCUGAGCGGCUCAGGAGCGCGUCACCUCACCGGCCGGCAGGUUUAGCAACCUGAACCUUGCUGUCCCUUCCCCUGCUGAGGAGAUUUACACGGUGAUGAUGAUGAUGAUAAAUAUGAUGGUAAUGAUAAGGUUAGACGAGCCAGACGCAAAGUUUUAAAGAGGGAGAGAGUAGAUGGAAAAUAUAUAGAGGAGCGAGAGAGAAAAAAGCGUGCGAUGUGUCCUGAAAACAGCACACUCCAGGUCAAUGUUCCGCUGUGAUUGCUUGGUGGGAAAGUUCUCCCCGUGAUGCCGCGGCGAGCAGGGAACUUUUAGCACUGCGAUGUGGGGAAGCAGGUCAAGGAAAAGUACCGCGGCCAAAUCCUCGUCCCAGUGAAGGAGAUUUACGUAGUCCCUUCAGACUGUGCUUGUCUCGCCUCGUGCCUCCACACGCACCAUACGCAUGAACUUAGCCAUCGCAGCUCAGCCCAGGACCAUCUCUUAAGAGCAUUUGGGCUCACGACACCGCCUCCACCACCACCACCACCCUCAGUGCUGGUGCCGCUGCUUAUUAGGAAGUCAAGAGGAAAGAGGAGAGAGCUGUCAAGAGGACUGCAGUGUGCCGAGUGCCCUUCAGCUACGACUGAAAAACGAGAAGCAGCCCCAUUUUGGUAUUCACGGGACGAAAGAGAAUCAGAGACGAAGUUUUCCUGGAGAGUAAGAAAGAGCACAGAUUCAUCGGCGAGGAUUGGUGGCUGGCAGAUCCGAAAUUCCAAUCAAGGAGGAAGCCCUCAGAAAGCACCGGACGCAGCUGAGGCGUCCGGAAUUCAUAUAAAGGGAAGUUAUCGGUGGAAGAAAUAAAGGAAGGCAGCGCCUCUCUCCGCUCUUGGUGGUCGAGUCUUUUACCGAGGGAAGGCUGCGUUAUAUUCAGCAGUCAGCCAUCCUCGCUCCAGUGACUUCGCGCGUAAAGACACUAACACUUAGUUGAGCGUCUGACUUUGUAGCAACUCGGAAACUGUUUACUGGUUUUGACUAUUCAAGUGGCGGCUAGCUGCGUUGAAGUAUGUACCGGGCACGCCGGGAGGCGCCAUGAACUAGUGCCUGGGGAGCGGUGCCGCGAUGGUGGCGAGGGAGUGAGCGCCAGGCGACCCGCGACGCUCAGCAUGAAUCCUUGGAGCCACCACCGCGACCUCAGAAGAUCCGGCAGACUGCGCACGGCUGUUGUCUGGGCGUGGGUGUGGUCCUUCGCGUGGGCGUGGGCUGUAUGCGGGGCCACGGGCACCUGUCCCAAGGUGUGCGAGUGCAAGUGGCGGGAUGGCAAGCAGACGGUGUCCUGCCCCGACGCGGAGUUCAUAGACAUUCCCCGCGGCUUGGACCCGUCCACUCAGGUGCUGAACCUCAAGCACAACAACCUGCAGAUCCUGCCGCGCGACGCCUUCGUCGAUACGGGUCUGGUCAACCUGCAGAAAGUGUGGCUCAACUACUGCAACCUGAAGCACCUGGACCGCGGCGCCUUCAACAUGCUGGCCAACCUGGUGGAGCUGGACCUGAGCCACAACCUGCUGCGAGUCGUGCCCUCGGAGGCCCUCGCUGACGUGCCUGGCCUGCGGGAGCUGCGCCUCGCCUACAACUACAUCUCCUCAUUGCCCGAGGAGGCCUUCACCACCACGCCUGACCUGGUGCACCUCGUCAUCUCCCAGAACCACAUUGAUAUAAUAAACGACCGCGCCUUCCGGGGACUGACCCGCCUCGAGGUGCUCAAGCUCUCCAACAACCGCCUAUCGGGUCUAGACUCCUCCGCCGUGCACCCCCUUGUGGCCAUCCAUGAGUUGCACCUGGAUGGCAACCCGUGGCACUGCGACUGUCGCCUCAGGCCGCUCCGCCGUUGGAUGAUCGAGCGCAACGUGGCUUUCCUGGAGCCGCCGACCUGCGUGCAGCCCGAUCGCGUGAAGAACAAGUCGUGGCAGGCGCUGCAGCUGGACGAGUUCGUGUGUGUUCCCAAGCUGACGGCCGUGGCCCCGCGUGUCCUCGCAGCGCACGGCGAGAACGUUUCUUUGUCCUGUCGAGUCGAGAAUGACGUGGACGCCACCGUCUCCUGGUUCCUGGGGGAUCGAUUGAUCCGCAACACCAGCGAGAGGCACCGCGUGCUGGAGACAGCGGCGGCCAGCCAAGACUCGCGGCUGUCCAACCUGACGCUGGCGGGCGCCGGGCCGCGGGACCAGGGCACGUACCGCUGCGUGGCCAUCAACAAGGCAGGCUCGGCGGAGGCGAACCUCACGCUGCAGGUGUCCAAUGAGGUGGCGGAGGUGCGGCUGGUAACGAUGGACCGCGUGUUCGUGACGGGCGGCCUGCUCACCGCCAUGGCCAUGAUCGUAGUGGUGCUGCUGCUGCUCACCGCCAUCCUCCUCCGUAGGCGGCAGCAGGCCAGACUGCGGCGCGGGCCAGAGACGGACCACAAGACGGAGACUCCUCAGCUGUCGCAGGGCCGCGGCAGCAUCUCCAGCGACUCGCACCCCAAGCUGGCAGACUACCACAUCGUACCCACCAAUGACCUGGACGAGCCCUCGCCGCUGCCCACGCACUCAGACAAGUCGUGGAUGCUGCGCGACGCCUCCGUGGACGACUUCCCUUCCACCAAAGAAAUAGACAAGUCCAGUUCCUAUAACGAGUCAGAGCAGCGGAAGCUGUCCAAGCCUCGGCCGAGCGCCAGCGGCAAAGCGAGCUCCCCCAGCACUGUAUCGUACGUGGAGAUCCCCAAGUCAGAGCUGGCGGUGGCGGGCCUUCCCCCGGCGGACGAGCGACUGCGGUGGAGGGAAGCCGCCGCCGAGGGCAAGGACAACCGUCUGCUACAGAUGGCGAGUCAGAGGGGCUCGCAAUUAUCCAUGGCCAGCGGCAGUCGCUAUCCCGACCUACUGGACCUGCACUACACACAACAGCAAAAACAACAGCUGCAGCAACAGCCGAGGCCUCCCCUGCAACUGCUGAAUCCCGCCUACUGCACGCUGCCUCGCAGUUCCAGCGGCCUCCUAGCUGGGGCCACGGCGGGCAGUCCUCCGGGCCUCGAUAGCCUCUUUCAGGAGACUUCCUUCUCUCUCCCCUCCUCCAUCCGCUACAGGUGCGCUAGCUGGGUGGACCUGGGGGAGUGUGAGACGGCCUCCAACUCUCUCCCCAGCUACCCCCGCCCCCACGUCCGCCCGCAGCUCUCCCUCCCCAGCGACUCCCCCAUUCUCAAGUCCCACCGUGACACCCUUACGGAACUCCUCAAUGUCCACAGGGGUGAGCGAGGGACUGCCGGCGGCGCUGCAGGAGGCUCGAAGGAUCCUUGCAAUCUAGAGUACCACGCGGCGCAGCUUGAGAAGUUCCUGCUGGAGUAUAGGAAGCUUCAGGAGCAGCUGUACCGCAUGAAGGAGUCCUACGAGGCGAGCCACAGGAGUGAGGGGAGGGAAGGCGCUACCCUGGCGGAGUUCAAUGGGGAGGACGACAAUGAGAACGUGCCGCCGCCUUGUCCGGAGACGCCGACCUCGAGCCUCCCCCGUUACCCCCAAGCAGCGGCCUCCAGCGACUCCCCCGAAGACCCGAUGGAGGACCCGACGCUCGCUUCCACAGAGCCUCUGCGGUCUAUACUAAAGCGGAGGUACGAGGAGGGCGGGCGUGGUCUUCCGGGUCUGCAGGGUCUUCUGGGUCUGCAUGGUCUUCAAGGUCUCCAGACACUGAAAGGUUUGCAGGAAGCGAAGAGCCUCCAGAACCACAAAGGAUCUUCUUACUCCAAAAGUGCCUCCUUCGGCGAGUCUCCCCAGCCGCUCCGUCCCUCCCUCGCGCUGCCUUCCCUCCCGCCGCGCCCCGACCCUGAGUCCUGAGGCUGGGAAGGUAAGGAUUAAAUAAAGCCAGUACUCAGAAACGCUUUGCUAUCUCUAUCUCUCUCGCUUUCACCACGACUAUUUUCAAAGGCCGCAGAGAUGAUUGGCAGGUUUUUCAAGUCUGUUUCGCUUCUUAAUAACGUAGGACUCUUGGUAAUCUGUCACUAGAACAGUAAAAAAAAAAAAUUAAAAAACCCCGUGUAGCUUCUACUAAAGCCUUUUGAAUGUGGUGGAGGUGCCGGGCAGUUUCAGAAUAUGGUGCUAGGAGUCGUUGGUAGGUCGGGAGUGUUGCCUUUAACACGGCACUCCCUGACGUGUCCCUUACCACUGUCUGGGCCUUGUGCUUUCUUCUUUCU